AUGGGGGUCUGCAGAAGCACCUUUAUAAAUGUAGUACCAGGACCUGCGAAACAAGCUGACUGCCAGGCUAAUUAAUUGAAAAGAAGAGCACCGCCAGAAUACCUUGCGACAGUGUCGUACAUUACUAGACUGAAGUCUACCGGACACACACCUGCUCGCUUACACAAUGCAGAUCAAGGUGCUGCUAACAGGUGCAACCGGCUUCGUCGGCGGCGACUUCCUCUACGCCCUCCACCACGAGGAGGCCGCGCUGGCCACGCAACUCGAGAUCACGGCCCUCGUGCGCGACGAAGCAAAAGGCCAGCUCAUCACCCAGGCCUUCCCAGCUGUGAAAAUCGUCGUCGGGGACAUGAAGGACGCCGCCUUUACAAGCCGGCUCGCGUCGGCAGCAGACAUUGUGAUGCACCUGGCUGCUGCGGCAAACUUUGCCAGCAUCGAAGCAGUGCAUCACGGGCUGCAACAGCCACGAGGUUCCCGGAAAGCGUUCCACAUCCAAGUCGGCGGUGCAUCAUUCUUCGCCGCCGACGAGAUCGCCGCCCGCGCGACACUCGGCAGUGCCCCCGCCAGCGACAAGCUGGUCUUUGACGACCUCGACGGCGUCCCAGAGAUACGACGCUUCGUGCGGGCCCACCCAGAGCGCCGCGCAGAGAACUACAUCCUGGACGAGACUCACAAGGGCUCAUCAUCAUCAUCGUCCUCCGCGGAGCCCAACAACGACAGCGGCAUCAACACCGCGUUCGUGGUCGGCCCGCUCAUCUACGGCCGCGGCCGCGGCCCAGUCAACCAGCGCAGCCUGCAGAUCCCGGAGCUCGCGCGGAUCGCCCUCGAGACCGGCAAGGUGUUGAAGGUCGGCGCGGGGGACAACGUCUGGGCGACGGUGCACGUGGCCGAUCUUUCUGAUGUCUUCGUGCGGCUGCUCAAGAGGGCUGUGGAUGUUCUCUCGGGUCGUGAUGGGGACCAAGCCACGGCGGAGGGAGGUGCUGUCUGGGGUCCCGACGCGGUCUACCUGGCUCACGUCGACGAAGUGAAAAUGGGAGACGUCGCCGAGCUUGUGGCAGCCGCACUCGCUGCAAAGCAGGCCAAGGUCCAGAUUGCACACAUCACUCCAGACGAGGCGGAUAAACUCGCGGCAUACGGGAGUAUCAUGUGGGGCACGAAUGUCCGAGCCACUGGGCGUCGGGCCACUGAGCUUCUGGGAUGGCAGCCGCGGUACAAGGACGACAUUGCCGAGGAGGUUCAGCGAGUGGUGGAUGAGGAGGUGGAGCGGAUCGCGAAUGUGGUGGCCACUGCCUGAGCUACGCUUGGGCCGUCGUUUACAUCCCCCGAAUAGUGGCCAACUUGCGAGCAAAAGAACCUGCACAAGUGGGAUUUGCUCGAUAUCUGGGCCAUGGAUUCUCCUAUGAAGCUUUCUAUGACCAUGUACAUGAUUUUGAAACGCCAAACUUCUGGGUCUCUGUACCUCUGGGUCUCUGAAUCUCGGCGCCUCUGAUCAUCUGCACCUCUGAGCCUCUGGUACCUCUAAACCUCUGAGCCUCUGGUACCUCUGAACCUCUGGCUUGUUCUCAAUAAUGCCG